GCUAAAUCUGACCUAAAAGACAGAUUAAACCACACCUAGAAGGCUGUACUGAUCCUGUAAUUACACUUAAUACGAUAUAUAUGCCAGGCUACUGCCACUAGACUAUAACACCUCCCAGCACCAUACAAGCAGGGGGUUGCUAAAAGCACACUGUCCUCACCCUGGCAACAACAGCUCGGAGCCAGAACUGCAAGAAGGCAGAAGCCACAGCCAUGAGCAAUACAUAUGAUGUCAUAGUCAUCGGUGGAGGCAUCUCAGGCCUUUCCGCUGCAAAACUUCUUUCAGAGUCAGGAAUUAGUGUUGUGGUGUUGGAAGCUCGGGACCGAGUUGGAGGAAGAACUCAUACUGUGCGAAAUAAACAGGUUAAGUAUGUAGAUCUCGGAGGUGCAUAUGUGGGACCAACCCAAAAUCGCUUAUUACGGAUGGCAAAGGAACUAGGUCUGGAAACAUACAAAUUAAAUCUCCAUGGGCGGCUCAUUCAAUAUACAAAGGGUAAAUCGUACACAUUUCAUGGAACAUUCCCACCUGCGUAUAACCCUUUUGUAUAUUUGGAUUAUAAUAAUGUCAUGAGAACAAUGGAUCAAUGGGCAAAGGAGAUCCCUGCAGAAGCUCCAUGGAAAGCACUUCAUGCUGCUGAAUGGGACAAAAUGUCAAUGAUGGAAUUCAUAAACAAAACCUGUUGGACACGGGCAGGAAGACGUUUCGCAAAUCUUUUUGUGAAUUUAUUUGUUACUGCAGAAACACAUCAGAUUUCUACACUUUGGUUGUUGUGGUAUAUCAAACUUUGUGGGGGAACAACAAGAGCUUUCUCUACAGACAACGGAGGUCAGGAGAGGAAAUUUGUCGGAGGCUCUGGACAGAUAAGUGAAAGAAUCAUGGAACGUCUUCAAGGUCGAGUGAUGUUGGAGAGUCCAGUGGUCAAAAUUGACCAGUCUGGGCAAAGCGUUAUUGUGGAAACCCUAAACCAUAAAACGUACGAGGCCAAGUAUGUCAUUAGUGCCAUUCCACCAAUUUUGACUACAAAGAUCCAUUUUGAACCAGAACUGCCAGCCAUAAGGAACCAGUUAAUUCAACGUCUGCCAAUGGGGUCUGUCAUCAAGUGCAUGGUAUACUACAAGGAAGCCUUCUGGAGGAAAAUGGAUAUUUGUGGAUGUAUGAUGAUGGAAGAUGAUGACACACCAAUUGGACUUACAUUAGAUGAUACAAAGCCUGAUGGUACUGAACCUGCAAUAAUAGGGUUCAUUCUUUCUAGAAAAGCAACUCUAAUGACAAACCUUACCAAGGAACAAAGAAAAAGAAAAAUCUGUGAGUACUAUGCCAAAGUCAUGGGCACUGAUGAAGCAUUACAUCCAGUACACUAUGAAGAGAAGGACUGGUCUAAGGAGCAGUACUCUGGUGGCUGUUACACUGCAUAUUUCCCUCCUGGAAUUAUGACUCAGUAUGGAAGUGUUAUUCGAAAACCGGUUGGAAAAAUGUAUUUUGCUGGCACAGAGACCGCUACUGAAUGGAGUGGAUAUAUGGAAGGAGCUAUACAAGCUGGUGAAAGAGCUGCAAGAGAGAUAAUGUUCCAGGUGGGACUUAUAAAAGAAGACGAGAUAUGGAAGUCAGAGCCUGAAUCUGUGGAUGUUCCAGCAAUACCAAUCACAACAACAUUUUGGGAGCGCAACCUACCAUCUGCUCAAGGAUUAAUUAGGUUUAUUGGCUAUUCUACGUUCUUUGGAAUGGCUGCUGCUGUUGGAGCUUUUGCAUACAAAAAAGGAUUUAUCACCCAAAUGUGAAGAAGCUACAGGAUCACAUCUAAACCCUCUAACCAGUCUGAGCUUUGCAUUAGACUCUGCAUUGUUUAGGCUAAAUGUAAAUGUAAAGGGGAUGGGGAAGUGUGUUUCAGCUGAAUUUAUACAGCUUUUACUGAAAUAUUCAAGACCACACAAUACAUUUAAAUGGAAAGGAUGACUCUGCCUUAAUGACUAGUACUGCACCUAUGUAAUAGAUUUGAUUUGUUGCAAAGCAUGUUUACUUAUAAAUAUAUAAUAUCAUACAGUAACAAAAAUGUUUUUUCCUUUAAACCUGCCUGAUAAAUACAGACGCUCAUAACUGUAAAUGUACUGACACAAAAACAGACCUGCUCACUAGUAGUAUUUAAACCUUUUCAAAUAUUUCAUGCCACCGCUGUCCAACAUGAGUCCAUCAAACAGAAUGUGGCAGCAAACAGAAUUUCAUUUCCCCCAUUUUCUCAAGUGCUUCAAACACAUCUUUUCAUGGAAUACUCAUUUCACUUUUCAAAAAAAUAUUUUAUUUAAAUUCACAUUAAAAUAUAGAUACAUA